AUGACCAGCCUUAAAAAUGAUGCUAUUCAACUAAUUAAUGAGGAUAAAGAGUUCAAUGAAGGUACUAUUUCAUAUUUCAAUAAAUGUAUUGAUCAUCGUAACGUGGGGAUGGACUACCAUGUCAUUUCGGUUUUUGGUUCUCAAUCAAGUGGUAAGUCGACACUGUUAAAUAUCUUAUUUAAUACAAAGUUUGAUACAAUGGAUGCUCAAGUUAAGAGACAACAGACGACAAAAGGUAUAUGGGUUUCUCAUACUCAACAGGUCAGUACUACCAAGGAAAUUUCUGAGACUAAUUCUAAAGAUCUAUUCAUUUUAGAUAUCGAGGGGUCAGAUGGUCAAGAAAGAGGUGAAGAUCAAGAUUUUGAACGUAAGGCAGCUCUAUUUGCCAUUGCUGUAUCGGAAGUGUUGAUUGUUAACAUGUGGGAACAACAAAUCGGUUUAUACCAAGGUAAUAACAUGGGUUUAUUGAAGACUGUUUUUGAAGUAAACUUAUCAUUAUUUGGUAAAAACAAAGAUGAUCAUAAAGUGUUACUGUUGUUUGUCAUUAGAGACCACGUUGGUGUGACUCCUAUUUCUAGUUUAAAGGAAACUGUCUCUCAAGAAUUAGAGAAUUUAUGGAACUCAUUAAGCAAACCUGUUGGUAGUGAAGACACAAAAAUUAGUGACUAUUUUGACUUAGAGUUUGCUGGUCUGAGUCAUAAACUAUUACAACAAGAUAAAUUCGAAGAAGAUGUGAGAAAAUUAGGCGAUCAUUUCGUUCAAACUGAAGGUCAUGAAGACGAUUGUUAUUUCAAAAAAGAAUAUCAUCAUAACUUACCUUUGGAUGGCUGGACCCUAUAUGCCAAUAACUGUUGGGAAUUAAUUGAACAUAAUAAAGAUUUAGAUUUGCCAACUCAACAAAUAUUAGUAGCAAGAUUCAAAACCGAUGACAUUGCUACUGAAAGCUUAAAAUUAUUAGAGAGUAAUUACAAUGAUGUAGUUCCUGCUGAUAUAAAGGAUAAAACUUAUUUAAUUAGUUCAUUACAAGAGUUAAAAAGUCAAUGCCUGGACAUGUACGAUGGACAGGCAUCAAAAUAUGCAAAGAAGGUUUAUUUACAAAGAAGAGAGGAUUUAGUUCAACAAAUUGAUGAACGAUUUUCGAAGCCCAUUAGAAGUUUCUUAAAUUUCUUCACAAAUGAGUUAAUAGAUUCGAUGAAGCAAAAUGUCACAGAAAAUACUAAAAAGGAACACUCUUUUAUUAAAAGGUUAGAUUCUGAGGUAGAGAAUGCACAAACUACUUUUACUGCUGUUUUAUUGGAAUUUAAUAAAAGCGACUUAUUAAGUGAUAAAUUAGUUGAAGAAAUGAACAAAAAUUUUGAUGAAGUUAUUGAUGAAACAACGGCUUACUUGCGUUCUAUUGCUAUUGAAGAUUUAAUUAAAAAAUCCAAUAAGCUCAUAUCUAACAAAGUAAAAGACCAAUCAAUUGCUUUGCUAUCUCAUCCGGAAACAAACGUUUGGGAUAUUAUAUUAGAGAAAUUUAACGCAACAUUUGACGACAUUUUAAAAUCAUAUAGAUCAGACGGUGAUGAUGACGAAGUAGAAAAAUACGACUUUAAAUUAAGUUUGACUAAAGAACAUAAUGAUAAAAUCUUCAAAGAAAUUCGUGUUUCUGCAUGGAAUGCAUUAUAUGAUGCAGUGCAUAAUUAUCUAAAAGAAGAUACUAUUGCUAAUAUUAUAAGGGAUAGAUUUGAAAAUAAAUUUAGAUUUGACGAAGACGACUCUCCAAGACUUUGGAAAAGCGAAGAAGAAAUUGACUCUGCCUUCAGAGUGGCUAGGGAGCAUGCAAUGGAAAUUUUCAAUGUGUUGACUUUAAUGUCUACGUCUGACAAAGUUGAAAUCAUUCCUGAUGUAGAAUUAAAGGAUGAAAGCACCUUAGAUGAAGAUGAGUUAGCUGAAUAUCAUUCCUUCAAAUUUGCACACAUUUUGAAUGAUACUAGCAAAGAAAAAGCCCAAAAACAGAUUAGAAGACAGAUUAACAUAGCUGUAUUAGAUGCUAAGAGGUCAAUGAUCCAAACAACGACGCAUAUUCCAGUAUGGGUGUAUGUUCUUUUAUUAGUUCUUGGUUGGGGCAAAUUAAUGGCCAUCGUGCGUAAUCCAUUAUCAUUGACAUUAGGUUUAUUAGCCAUCGUGUCAUUCUACUUUGUACAUAAAUUUGAUCUAUGGAAUCCUGUUAUGAAUGUAGCUCAGACAGUAGUUGGUGAAGCCGCAGACACUGUCAAGUUAAAGCUAAGAGAAUUUGUUUUGGAUGACGAUGAGAAAAAUCCAAAAAAACAAUCUGCUGCUAAGCAUUCUGAAUGA